GUUGACGGUUGUCGCUGCAGUCUGCACGGUGAGUCCGCGGGCUGAUACAGCAGCUGCUGCAAUGUCAUCGCCCCGCUAGCAGGCGUCAAACCGGAGGGUGACAUCCGUGGCCUCUCUGCUACGAGCCGAGCCUCCACAGCCGUGUCGGUGAAGGAAGAAACCCGGUAGUGAUGCUUUAGCCAUCGGCUUAAGACAACAACAAAAAAAAAGAAAAAAGAAGGAGGAAUUGUAUUCACCUCGACAGGAAGAGAGGACCGCAGCUCAGGAAGUACAUGAGCCGACACCUGCCUUUAUUGAGAAAGCUGACUGGACUGUGUCCUGUGUACCGUUCAAAAUGGCGAUCGCGCGACAAUUUGGACUACUGUUGUGGAAAAACUAUCUUCAGCAGAAACGUCAAAUCCUGGUGACUCUGGUGGAGAUACUCCUGCCGCUGCUCUUCUCUGGCAUCCUCAUCGUGCUACGUCAGAAGGUGCCUUUCAAGAACUACCCAAAUGCCACAGUGUAUGAGAGCUACGCCGUUGACUCGCUGCCCUGGAGGCUGUCUCAUCGCUUGCAGCUGGCCUGUGUGCCCAGUAACUCCAGCGUCGUGCGUCAGGUGGCAGAAGAUGUGCGAAGCAACCUGAUCCUCUCCUCAGUGCAUGGCUUUGAGACAGAGGAGCAGUUUGAGGACUACGUAAGAAAUGACACUCGCUCAGGAAAGCUGCUGGCCGCUGUGGUGUUUGAGCACCCUUUCACCCACGAGGAUGAACCUCUGCCCCUAAAGGUGAGCUACCACCUGCGUUUCAGCUUCACACCACGCAACGCCCCGCCCAAGGAGAGGACGGAGCUGAACCCAAACAGUGACCUCGACUGGCACACGCUCAGCCUCUUUCCCCUCUUUCAGCUGCCGGGGCCGAGGGAGCAGUUUGACAAGGAUGGUGGCACGCCUGGUUAUUAUCGAGAGGCUUUCCUGGCUGUGCAGCAUGCGGUGGACCGAGCCAUCAUGCGCUCCUACAACACAACGUCGGCCACCUCUCUGCUGGGAAAUACCAAUGUGGUCCUGUCGCGGUUUCCUUACCCUGCCUUCAUAUAUGACGUCUUCAUCCUGGCCAUUCAGAACCAACUGCCCCUCCUCCUGGUGCUCAGCUUCACCUACACCUCCCUCAACAUAGUACGAGCUGUGGUGCAGGAGAAGGAGAGGAAGCUCAAGGAAUACAUGAGGAUGAUGGGUCUCAGCAACUGGCUCCACUGGAGUGCCUGGUUCCUCAUGUUCUUCCUCUUCCUCUCCAUUUCAAUCUUUUUUGUCACUCUGCUGCUUUGUAUCCAGGUGAGCCCUUAUGGAGCAGUUCUGUCCUACAGUGACCCAACACUGGUCUUUGUCUUCCUGCUCAUCUUCAAUGUGGCCACCAUCAACUUCAGCUUCAUGAUCAGUGCCUUCUUCUCCCGAGCCAAUGUGGCAGCAGCAGCGGGCGGCUUCAUCUAUUUCCUGAGCUACCUGCCUUAUUUGUUGCUGUGGCCACGCUACGACUUGCUGAGUCAUGCCCAGAAGGUGUCAGCGUGCCUUAUCUCCAAUGUGGCCAUGGCCAUGGGAGCUCAGCUCAUAGGAAUGUUUGAAGGCAAAGGAGUUGGAAUCCAGUGGUCCAACUUGUUUGACUCUGUGACGGUGGAUGAUGACUUCUCCAUGGGCCAGGUGUUGGCUUUGCUGCUGUUCGACUCUGUGCUCUAUGGACUGGUGGCCUGGUACAUGGAGGCAGUUUUUCCUGGAGAGUACGGAGUGCCUCUACCUUCUUACUUCUUCACCCUGCCUUCAUACUGGUGCAGCAGCCCCCGCAUGGCUUUGGUGAAUGAGAAAGAGGAAGAGGAGGAUGCAGAAAAGGCUCUGAAAGGGGAGUUUAUAGAAGAGGAGCCGUCUGGACUCGUCUCCGGGAUCAAGAUUAAACACCUCGCUAAGGAAUUCAAAGUGGGAAACAAGACACGGCAGGCUGUGCGGGAUCUCACGGUGAACAUGUUUGAGGGACAGAUCACGGUGCUGCUCGGACACAACGGUGCUGGGAAGACCACAACACUGUCCAUGCUGACAGGGCUGUUUCCUCCCACCAGUGGCAGAGCCUAUAUCAACGGUUAUGACAUCUGUCAGGACAUGGCUCUGAUCCGCCGCAGUCUGGGACUCUGUCCCCAGCAUGACGUACUGUUUGAUAACCUUACUGUCAGAGAGCACCUGCUCUUCUACGCUCAGCUGAAAGGCUACUCCAAAGACAAGAUCCCAGAUGAGGUGGACCGGAUCAUCCGUAUCCUGAACCUUGAGGACAAGCGACAGGCUCGCUCCAAGACCCUCUCUGGUGGCAUGAAGAGAAAACUCUCUAUUGGCAUUGCCCUCAUUGGAGACUCCAAGGUGGUGAUGUUAGAUGAGCCCACAUCAGGCAUGGACCCAUCAGCUCGGCGUGCCACCUGGGACCUUCUGCAAGGGGAGAAGCGCGGUCGCACCAUCCUGCUCACCACACAUUUCAUGGACGAGGCCGACCUGCUCGGCGACCGCAUCGCCAUCAUGGCGGGAGGAGAGCUGCAGUGCAGCGGGUCUCCACUCUUCCUCAAGAACAAAUAUGGUGCCGGGUACCACAUGGUGAUAGUAAAGGAUGCUCUUUGUAACGUGUCCGAGAUCACCCGCCUGGUCCACAUGUAUGUUCCUAAUGCCACACUGGAGAGCAGUGCGGGGGCUGAGCUCUCUUACAUCCUGCCCAAAGAAAGCACCAGCAGGUUUGAGCUGCUGUUUGCUGAGCUGGAGAUGAACAGAGAGGAGCUGGGCAUCGCCAGCUACGGAGCUUCAGUAACCACUAUGGAAGAGGUUUUCCUCAGGGUGGGGAAGCUGGUGGAUUCUAGUUUGGACAUCCAGGCAAUCCAGCUGCCAGCCCUGCAGUACCAACAUGAGAGACGCUCCCAUGACUGGACCACAGACGACGCCAGCAGCAUCAGCGGCAAGACCGAUGUCACCGACUUCACAGACAGCGGCACGCUCAUUUCAGAGGACUGCUCCAACAUCAAGCUGAACACCGGGGCCCGACUACACCUGCAGCAGUUCUACGCCAUGUUCCUGAAGAGGGCGCUGUACAGCUGGAGAAACUGGAAGGUGAUGGUGGCUCAGUUCCUCGUCCCUUUAGUCUUCACAGUUUUGGCCUUAGUUGUGGCACGCUCCUUUCCCAAUCACCAGAACGCUCCUCACCUGAAGCUGGCCCUCAGCCACUAUGGGUCCACCAGGGUCCCCGUGGGUCUGCCCGGGGAGGGUCCCUUGGCUGCUGCCCUGGCAAAAACAUACAGCUCACAGCUCUCUGCUCAGCACGGCCAGCUCAUCAACGUCACAGAUUUCACUGAUUACAUCCUGACCCAGGCGGAGCAGGAAGGCGGCAGCUUUAAUGAGCGCUGUGUGGUCGGUGCGGCUUUCCAUGGCAGCAGCCCCCACCAUGUAGAAGCAACAGCCUACUUCAACAACGAGGGCUACCAUACACCCGCCACAGCCCUCAUGAUGGUGGACAAUGCUCUGUUCAAACUCCUAGCAGGGCCCAAUGCUUCCAUCCAGACGGGGAAUUACCCAAUGCCACGCAACCUGUCUGAGACCGCCCAGAGCCAGCUCAUAGAGGGAAAGACGGGUUUCAUCAUCGCCAUAAACCUGAUGUACGGUAUGGCCUCCCUGUCCAGCACAUUUGCCCUUUUGCUCGUAACGGAGUCCUCUAUCAAGUCCAAGCAUGUGCAGAAGGUCAGCGGUGUCUACCUGUCAAACUUCUGGUUUUCGGCGCUGCUGUGGGACCUGGUCAACUUCCUGCUGCCCUGUCUGCUCAUGCUGGUGGUGUUUCAGGCAUUCGGAGUCAAGGCUUUUAUAGACAACAACCACCUGGUGGACGUGUUGCUCUUACUGCUGCUGUACGGCUGGGCUGUUGUGCCUCUUAUGUACCUCCUCAGCUUCCUCUUCUCCACUGCCGCUUCUGCCUACACACGCCUUACCAUCUUCAACGUGAUCUCUGGCACAGCCACCUUUCUGGCUGUCACCAUCAUGGCCAUCCCAGAGUUGCAGCUGCAUGACUUGUCGCACUUACUGGAUAAGGUAUUCCUGAUCUUUCCAAACUAUUGCCUGGGCAUGUCCUUCAGCCAGUUCUACCAGAACUACGAAUUCAUCACGUUUUGCACUUCCGAAUCGUUCAGCCAACACAUUUGCGACACUUUAAACAUCACGUACCAGAUGAACUACUUCUCGAUGUCGGAGCCCGGUGUGGGACGCUUCCUUGUGGCCUUCUCAUUGCAGGGUUUAGUCUUCAUUAUUCUGCUGUUUGCCAUCGAGCUGCAGUGUGUCUGCACUUUCCGGUGUAAAAAGUUACCUGUAAUAGAGGAUGCAGCACUGGUUCCAGAGGACAGGGAUGUGGCUGAAGAGAGGAAGAGGGUCCUGGAGUGCCAGCCAGUAGUAGAGUCUAUGGUGGGCAGUCCUCUCAUAUUGCAGGAGCUCAGCAAGGUGUACAGAAGUGGUGAGAAUCUACUGGCUGUGGACAGGCUGUCUCUAGCUGUAGGGAAAGGGGAGUGCUUCGGCCUCCUGGGCUUCAAUGGAGCAGGCAAGACCACCACCUUUAAGAUGCUGACAUGCGAUGAGAGUGUUACCUCCGGGGAUGCCUUCAUUGAUGGAUACAGCAUCUUGAAGGACAUUAAAAAGGUGCAGCAGCGCAUUGGUUACUGCCCACAGUUUGACGCAGUGUUGGACCACAUGACAGGAAGAGAAACUCUGAGUAUGUAUGCCAGACUAAGAGGAAUACCAGAGAAGUACGUGUCUGGCUGUGUGGAAAAUGUCCUGAGGUCGCUGCUGCUGGAGCCUCAUGCUGAUAAACUGGUCCGCAGCUACAGUGGCGGUAACAAGCGGAAGCUGAGUGCAGGCAUGGCUCUGAUUGGUGGACCUCCGGUCAUCUUCCUGGAUGAGCCUUCGACCGGGAUGGACCCCGUGGCCCGUAGACUGCUGUGGGACGCUGUUACACGCACACGGGAGUCUGGAAAGGCCAUUAUCAUCACUUCUCAUAGUAUGGAGGAGUGUGAGGCCCUGUGUACCCGGCUGGCAGUGAUGGUCAACGGUCAGUUCAAGUGCCUCGGGAGUCCCCAACACCUGAAGAGCAAGUUUGGCAGUGGCUACACCCUGCUGGCGAAAGUACACAUAGAGGGUGAGCUGGAGGAUAGUGACCUGCAGCUUUUUAAGGACUUCAUCGAAAGUACCUUCCCAGGAAGUCAACUAAAGGAUGAGCACCAGGGAAUGGUGCACUAUCAUUUGACUGACAAAACACUUACCUGGGCCCAGGUGUUUGGCACUUUGGAGGCAGCCAAAGAGAAAUACCAGAUUGAAGACUACUGCGUGAGCCAGAUAUCACUGGAGCAGGUGUUCCUCAGCUUUGCCCAGUUCCAGCACUGCACUGAGAGUGGGAGGAAGUAAGCAGAGCAAGGAAUCUGUCCAUGCAUCGUCCAUUUUCUACAGUGCUGUGUGUGUGAACACACACACACUGGGCCAGUUGCAUCAACUCUAACAUUUCUAAUACUGUAUCACGUCAGUGUGUCUUGUUGGAUCAUUUAUUAUGUUGUUAUUGUUGCUGUGUGACGAAGGAAGUAGGAGGAUUGGGAUUGUGACGCGUUUGGGAUCAUGAUUGUACCAGGUGAUGAACUCCGAGUACUGCACCUUUCCGGUGACUUCAAAGACAAUGACACUCAUCAGAUACUACAACUACUCUGAAUUCUGUGCGACUGGGUUUAAUGUUUGUGCACUUACGUGUGUACUGUUUGUCCUUUUUUUUGCUAUUUAUUAUUUGAUUUUAUUGAUUACUUUUCCAAGAAAUAGUGCUUUUUUUUCUGUGAUAAUCACAAGAGAAUGAACCACUCCAUUUAAUAUGUGUAUGAAAUCGUUGCACACCUUUGCGCCUUAUCUCACUAAUGAGGGUUCUUGUUUCUUUAUAUUGCCCUAUACAAAAUGCCUGGUAAUCCUUAUGAGCCUCUUAAUGUUGUUGCCAGAUGUAAAUAAUGUGACGUGUUCAUGGUACUAAAAAUCACGUGCUCAUUCAGGCCAGAGCAGGACAUUUACUAAUUCAAAGACUUUGUUGGGCUCAUUAACGAAUGCAUGUAUACAAUACGAUUAACAGAGUGCAUGAUACUGGAGGAGCAGAGAGCUGAAAACAAUAACUAGAAGACCAUUCAUCCUCGGAGUACAUUUAGUCCGGUCUAAGUUCAUUUAAUACGCCUCUAUUGUCCAGGUCUUGUGAACCAAUGUUUCGGUUUUCCUGCCAAACAAGUUCCAGCAACAGUGUGUUACCAUGUGGAUAUCCAGCCAUCACAGUUUACAUGAAAGCUAUAUAGGAAAAAAAUAACAAUCGUGUGACGCAGGAGAUUAUGUUCAACCGUUGCAGUAAAACAGGAGGGCGUGACUUGAAAUCAAGACGUAUCAGACUGCAUGUGAUUGAUCUGGGCCUAAAAAUCGCAGGACUGCAAUAACCAGUGUGUUUUUGUAAGUUUAUUCAUUUUUCUUGCUAUGCAUUUUACACUGUGUGUGUGUGUUUGUGUGUGUUGUGUGUGUGUGUGUGUGUGUGUGUGUGUGUGUGUGUGUGUGUGUGUGUGUGUGUGUGUGUGUGUGUGUGUGUGUGUGUGUGUGUGUGUGUGUGUGUGUGUGUGUGUGUGUGUGUGUGUGUGUGUGUGUGGUGUCCAGAGAGUAUGGCAACACAUUAUUCCCUGAUUUCAUCCAGACUAUACUAAAACAGAUGCCAUGACAGUCCUUAAAUAUUAUAACCAAGACAUUGUUAUUGCGGUAGUGGACAAACUAUACUGCUGUGUCGUAUUUAAUGUAGAGCUGCUCCUUCAGGGAACGCAAGGAAAUGCAAUAAAAAAUUGUACCAACAUCAUUAUUUAGAUAGUAAAAACUUUGCGUACAAAAAGAUGCCUUGUUCUGAGGAAGAAUGAUCAGCGCAAUGUUUGUUCCUCUUUCAUUUGGAUGAGCAACUGUGAAACUCAAUUCAGAUCAUGCCCAAUUUAUCACAGUCUCAAAGCUUUGAUUGUACUUAAAAGACAGUGUAAGAGCAUUUAUGUAUUCUGUAGGAAUAUUUAGAAAAAAAACCCAAAACAUUCCACACAAAUUGAUGAGAAAUGGAUUCUCAGUUUCCUGCUUUUCAUCCAUGACAGAGAUCAAAAAUAUAAUCUGGUAUUCCUACUCUUUAAAAAUCACUCUGAGUUCAAAGAAGUGAUAUGAAUGUAUUUAAUGUUUUAAAUGAAAUCAAAAAGCACUCACAGUAGUCAACUUUAUUCACAGUUUUGGAUGAUUUACAGUGCGCUCUUCAUGUCAGCAGAUGUGUGUGUGUGUGUGUGUACGAAGAAAAGUAGACACUGACAUUCUAGAAAGACACAGAUAUGUGGCUUAUUGGUCUUAAAAGGAUUUAACCUUCUAAUUUAGACAUCUGUUACAUUCGUUCAUGUAUUUGCACAAUUUUGUUUUCUCAUUACAUGUAUGACUUGAAUCAGUUGCGAUGUUAGAUACGUAGAAAUGGAAAGGUUUGCUCUACUGAUAUUGAAGGAUUGAGUUAUGUUGGAAUACACUGUAUCAUAUUUAAAAAAGGGAAUUUACAGCAUUGUAAUUGUGUAUUGUACUGUACCAUGAAACUGACCAACUGUAUAUGUGUCACUAUUCUUUUUAAUUAAAUAAUGCUCUAUGCAAAU